CCAGGCGGCGGCGGCCCGAGUCCGGCCCAGCCUCGUCCCGCCCGCCCGCCUGCCUGGCCCCGAUUCCGACCCGGAGUCGUCUGCCUGGCCCGCCCGGCGCGCUGCGGCCCCGCCCCGGCCCCGGCGCCUCCCGAGGGAGCGGCGCCGCCGGCCGAGCGCAGGCCCGGCCAUGACCGACUUCAAAUUGGGUAUCGUGCGGCUCGGCCGGGUGGCCGGGAAGGAGCCGGCCCGCCGGCCGUGCAGCUGCACCAGCCACGGACCUUACCCUGGAUGGGAACCCUGUUCCCAUCACCAGCGGCGGAAGCUUCUGGUGGGAGAGAGGAGCAGAGGCAGUCAGAUGAAGACCAAGUACACACUGAUAGACGAGCAGGACAUCCCGCUGGUGGAGGGCUACUCCUUUGAGGCCCGGAUGGAAGUGGACGCAGACGGAAAUGGUGCUAAGAUAUUCGCAUACGCCUUUGACAAAAACCGAGGCAGGGGCUCGGGGAGGCUCCUUCAUGAGCUGCUGUGGGAGCGGCACAGGGGGGGCAUUGCUCCCGGGUUCCAGGUGGUGCAUCUCAACGCUGUCACUGUGGACAAUCGCCUGGACAACCUGCAGCUGGUGCCAUGGGGCUGGCGGCCCAAAGCUGAAGAGACCUCCAGCAAGCAAAGGGAGCAAAGCCUAUACUGGCUCGCGAUUCAGCAGCUUCCCACGGACCCCAUAGAGGAGCAGUUCCCUGUCCUGAACGUGACCCGGUACUACAAUGCCAACGGGGACGUGGUGGAAGAGGAGGAGACGUCCUGUACCUACUACGAGUGCCAUUACCCUCCCUGCACGGUGAUUGAGAAGCAGCUCCGGGAGUUCAACAUCUGUGGGCGCUGCCAGGUGGCGCGCUACUGUGGCUCCCAGUGCCAGCAGAAGGACUGGCCCGCGCACAAGAAGCACUGUCGGGAGAAGAAGCGCCCCUUCCAGCACGAGCUCGAGCCGGAGCGAUGACCGAUGACCGGGCAGCAGAGCCGCCUCAGGCCCGAGAUGCCGCGGUGUCUGGAUCUCCGCGGGGAGGUGUGGACAGGCUGAUGGCUGGACCAGAGCUACUGGAGGAGCCGCCCAGCCCCGCCCCCGCGCCACUGGCCCCGCCCCCGCCCCGCCCCCGCGCUCGCCUGGAGCUGGAGCAGAGACCGCUGGGAGGCUCCGCAGGGACAGUUCUCAUUAUUUAUAUGUUAAUAUGUUUGUAAACUCAUGUACAGUUUUUCUGGGGGGAGGCCGUGGCAGGGUUAGCAAUUACAAAUAGUGUCAUUUGCUGUAACACUCAAAAUUCUCCGGGUUAGCCGGGCCGAGGAGGGCGGCCUGCCUGGGACCUGGCACAAGGCAAAGUAAAGGGUGGGACACCCGGGA